CGCAAUCAUUAUCAUACACAUGACAGAAUUACUUGGAGCUGCCAAAUUCACCGACCUGCCCUCUCUGGAGCUAUUAUUCGGGAUCUAUAGCUUACGCCGAUUUCACGUAAUUACAACUUGUCACUAUCAGCUAUUACAUAGCUCCCCACCCCAUUUGCCGAUAACUUCAACAGCCCCUCCUCCUCUUCCCCAAUUUCCCCCGCUUGGACUUUUGUCUCACGUUUACAAGUUGAUUGCCCGAUAAAAACCCCUUUUUCGCUCAACAUAUGAACUCGUUGCGGGCGUCGCAGCGGUUGAGAUUUCUUGUUCCGUCACUGCAAAAGAAGCCGUCGUUUGUCCCACCAGUCUUCCGAGGAUUCGCAACCAUGGCGUCGACUACUGAUGUCAAGAACUUCAAGUUGAAUCACACGAUGAGUCUGGCUCUCAAGUUCUACAACCACCUCGGCCUCUCCCUCCUCAAGAAGCUCUCCUUCCCCGACGCAAAAUUCGACCUCUACUUCCUCGGCUACGACGCACCCGGCGCCGUCUCCCACGGGAAGAACCUCUGGGACAGGGAAGGCCUCAUCGAGCUGACGCACAACUACGGCACCGAAAACGACCCCGAGUACAAGAUCAACAAUGGCAAUGUUGAGCCCUACCGUGGUUUUGGACAUACUUGCAUCAGCGUCGACAAUAUCCAGGCUGCCUGCCAGAGGAUCGAGGACGCGGGCUACAAGUUCCAGAAGAAGCUCACGGAUGGAAAGAUGAGGCAUAUUGCCUUUGCGCUUGAUCCGGAUGGGUACUGGGUUGAGAUUAUUGGGCAGAGGCCGGUGGAGGAGACGGAGGGGGUGAGGGAGACGGAUUUGGGGACGUAUAGGAUGAAUCACACCAUGAUUCGGGUCAAGGAUGCGGAGAGGUCGCUUGAGUUUUACCGGGAGGUUAUGGGGAUGAAGCUUUUUAGGACUCAUGAGGCAAAGGAGGCCGGGUUCAACCUUUAUUUCUUGGGGUAUGAAGGGGAACAGGGGGCUGUUGUUGAGGGUGGUGAUACGGCGAAGAGGGAGGGGUUGUUGGAGCUGACUUGGAAUUACGGGACGGAGAAGGAGGAGGGAUUUAGUUACCAUGAUGGGAACAAGGGGCCGCAGGGGUUUGGGCAUAUUUGUGUUUCGGUUGAUAGCUUGGAGAAGGCGUGCGAGAGGUUUGAGGGGUUGGGGGUGAGCUGGAAGAAGAGGUUGACGGAUGGGAGGAUGAAGAAUGUGGCUUUUGUGUUGGAUCCGGAUGGAUAUUGGAUUGAGAUUGUGCAGAAUGAGAGAUUUGCAGAUAAGGCUAACUUUUGA